AGAGGGGGAACAUGAAAUGUGUCUGUAGGACCUCCAGCAUUCAAAGCUCCUGCAAAUCGGAACAAGUUGGAAAUAUUUUCUUUCUCCUUCAAGUGUAGCCACCUACCCAGUCUAUGUAGAAGAAUGAGAGGAAAGACCCUUUUGCUCCCUAUGACUCUAAUGUCUGUGAUGAUGAGUUUAUUAACACCAUUUUCAUAUGGGCAACACAUGACAGAAGAUUCAUGCACUGUUCAGAUCCUGGUCCCUGGACUCAAAGGAGAACCAGGAGAUAAAGGACAAAAAGGAGCCCCAGGCAGACCGGGAAGACUUGGCCCACUAGGAGAGAUUGGGGAACCUGGACUCAAAGGACAGAAAGGCAUAAUGGGGCGCUAUGGAAAAUUUGGGCCAAAAGGAAUGAAAGGUGCUAAGGGAGACAUGGGUGAGCCUGGUCCAAGAGGCCCUAAUGGAGAUCCCGGUGUUCCCUGUGAAUGCACACCAAUGAGAAAGAUGAUCGGAGAGAUGGACAUUGUUGUGGCCCAGCUAUCCUCAGAGCUGAAAUUCAUUAAAAAUGCUGUUGCUGGCAUAAAGGAAACAGAUAGCAAGGUCUAUCUGUUGGUGAAGGAGGAGAAGCGAUUCGCAGAUGCUGAGGUCUACUGUCAGACGAAGGGAGGGCAUCUGGCCAUGCCGAAGGAUGAGGGGGCCAACACAGCCAUGGCAGGAUACAUAACCGAAGCGGCCCUGAGCAGGGUCUACAUUGGCAUUCAUGAUCUUGAUCAUGAGGGCGUUUUUAUUUAUGUGGACCGUUCUCCCAUGACCACCUUUAGCAAAUGGAGGAAAGGAGAGCCCAAUAAUGCCUAUGACAAUGAGGACUGUGCUGAGAUGGUGGCCUCCGGAGAGUGGACUGACGUAUCAUGCCAGCUCACAAUGUACUUCAUUUGUGAAUUUGACAAAGAAGCUAUCUGAGUUCAGUCAAGAACUGUUCUACUGUUUGUAGCUUCCACCUGUAAAUACAACAUGACAUUUUCUUCAUCUUAUGGGCCUUACAGGCUAUCUAUUGUCUGAGCUUACAAAAUGUUUUGUAAUGUGUUGUACUCGUCACAAUUAUUUUUGUCAUGCUCACAUUCCACAGUUCCUUGACACUUCAUAAUGGCAUUGCAUAAUAAGUUAUGUGGCAGUUAUCAUACAAUAAAAGUGGAUAGACA